GAGAUGGGGAAAGGGUCUUGCAUGGCAGCAGGAACAGCCGGCAGUCAUGAUGAGAAUCUGUCUACGGAGGAGGACAGGGAAAGUGGGUACAGGAGAGAGGCUGAACUGCAGCCAAGGUCUGGCGUGGGGUGGGAGCUGCUGAGUGACUCCAGGUUUGAGGCUGGUGGAGAGGCUGAGUUCCCAGUGCUGUUCCCUGGUCACUUGAGUCCAGAGAGCUGCUGCCGGUUGGUGUGUGAGCUUCUGAAACAUGUCCUGUACCAGAGGCAGCAGUUACCACUCCCAUAUCAACAACUAGCUUUCUUCAGCAGGCGAGAAUGUGGGAAGGCUGGCAAUCCUGUGUUACCACGUCCAAGAAAGAACGAACAGAAUAACUGCAAGAAGUUUCAGCGGGCACUCUCAGAGCUUGAUGAGGUUUUCCAGAAUCUGGAGGCGAUGUUCAUGCUGACACUGGUUCCUCGUGUGCACAUCCUGUUGGGUGGCAGUAUAGUCAAUCCGAAGGAAAUGUACGAGGUCAACAUGGAGCGGGUUGCUUUUGGAAGCACUGAGGGGAGUUUGAAAACAGUCUCCUGCAUUCGCAAACUUUUCCACACACUCUUUGUCAAGGACAUCUUCAAUGAGUUGAAAUCCAUUCCUCUGAUGAACACUGUGCUUCUUGUCCAAGGUCACAGGGACUGUGGAGUUCAGUGGUUCCGACCAAAACUUAGCUACAGAGUUCCAAACCGCACCAGGAAGGUGGUGAUUAGCCUAGCCUGUGAUACCAUGAACCUCGCAUCAGCUAAGGAUCAAACAACAGGUUCUCACCAUGACGAUUAUAUCUGGUUUCAAGCGCCCAUAUCAAUCAAGGGAUUUCAUUAAUUAGUAUAAUAACCUUUUUAAUAAUAGCUGUAUCUUUUUGCAACAUUUAUGUGGUACCCAGUUUUUAAAUUAAAAAAGGCUCGACUUUGAGCAGCCUAUUGUGCCAAUGAGGAGGGAAUAAUACUGCCGGUAUGUAACUGGAUCUCGAUUGGGCAACUUGCAUGAUCCUUCCCAUUGAAAAGACAUAUUAAGAUUUACAAUAGAGAUGGUGACCUAGGAACAUAUCCAACUGCCAAAUUGGAGCAGAAAAGGAAGAAUAAUUGAUUUGGUGUGAAAGAUAAUGGUAACUAAUUUGUGUGUCAAUAAAUUAGUUGGGACUUACGUUGGGAUUGGCUGGUGUGGAACUGACUGAUAAACAAUAAGGUUCCUGGUUUAAUUCCUGCUUUGGCCAGCAGUAGUUGGCCUUUGCAUCCUUAGGUUAAACGGGGCAAUCAGCUUGGGUUCCUAUUCCUGAAAGCUAUCCAAAGCCCAUAGUUGACUUGUGUCCAGAUUGUUGCAUGAUGGAUGGGUACUUGGUCAUGGUCCUUGGGUAGGUCCAUAAUCAGCAGCAACCCUUUCAAAUAUUUAAAAACUAGGCCAAAUGAACGAAAUAACUCCUUCCGCCAUUUAGUAAGAUCAUGGUUGAAGCAACUUCAACUGCAUUUUCCUGCCCUAUCCCUAUAUCUGUUAACUCUCUUUGUGCUCAAAAGUCUAUUGAUCCUAGUCUUGGAUAUACUCAUGGAAUGAGCAUCUACGGCCCUUUGGGGUAGAGAAUUCCAAAGAUUCAUACUUGAUUAUUUCUUUUUAAGAAAAACUUUAAAAAAGGAAAGUAGUUUGUCAGUGAAAAAUCAAUGUGAAGAAUUAUUUAACCUUUCAUAUCAGCUUUUCAAACAUUGUGCUCAAAAUCAGUGUGUUUUUAAUGAAAUUUAAAAGUAUAGAAAAUAAACUUUUAUAUAUCCAGA